CAUUGCAUCUUUGCCAUACCGGCAAUGUAUAUAGUAAACAAAAGGCAAUCCUGUAUUGCCAUGUGAGAUGUUUAGUGUGUGUGAAGACGAAGCCGAGUCUUACUUGAAAUUAGCAGUCAGUUUUUCCCAAAGACAUGGUCUGGAAGCCAUCGAAGCCAAUGGUGAUACUGAGCGCUAUAGGAACAGCAGUUGGAGGUUCACUGUUCAUUAAAGAGUAUACUGGAGGUCCUAAAUACGAAAAUAAAACACGUGCUGAUGGCAAGGUAGUAAUAAUUACCGGUGCUAAUACAGGAAUUGGAAAGGAGACAGCUCGAGAACUUGCACUCCGAGGAGCCACUGUUGUCAUGGCAUGUCGUGACAUUCAAAAGUGUGAAAAGUCAAGACACGAAAUUGUUCUGGAAAGCAAGAAUAAAUAUGUAUAUUGCAGAACAUGUGACUUGGCAUCGUUAACAUCUAUUCGAAAAUUCUGUGAAAGAUUUAAAAAUGAGCACAAACGACUUGACAUACUAAUCAACAAUGCUGGAGUAAUGAGAUGUCCUCUUUCAAGAACUAAAGAUGGAAUUGAAACACAGCUUGGAGUGAAUCACAUGGGUCAUUUUUUAUUGACUAACUUGUUGCUAGAUAUAAUCAAGGCUUCUGCACCAAGCAGGAUAAUUAAUAUAUCAAGUAUAGCACACAAACGAGGAAAAAUAAACAUAGAAGAUCUAAACAGUGAGAAACAGUAUGAUCCUGGAGAGGCUUACAAUCAGAGCAAGCUGGCAAAUGUGCUUUUUACAAAGGAACUCGCAAAGAGACUGGAAGGCACAGGUGUGACGGUAAAUGCUGUGCACCCUGGAAUUGUUGAUACAGAAAUAACUCGGCAUAUGAGCUUCUAUAAUAGCUCCAUCUCAGCUGUUUUUUUGAAACCGUUUGUGAAAUUGUUUAUUAAAAGUCCAAGGAAAGGGGCACAAACGACAAUUUAUGUUGCAUUGGAUGAGUCUCUACAGAAUGUUUCAGGAAAAUAUUUUAGUAACUGUAAGGAAGAAGAUGUUGGACCUCAAGGGAAAGAGGAUGUAACAGCCAAAUGGCUGUGGCUAGUUAGUGAGAAGUGGACAAAACUAAACAUUUGACACAUCAGAGAUAUAUCUUUAGUGUCAGAUUUUAAACUGUGUAUUCAUGAAAGCUUUUAUCAUAUGUAAAUAAAGGCAAUAUAAUAUUUUGUG